CGACUCAUUCGUAAAAGUAAAGAACGACGCGAAGUCAGCGAUUAGCAGCAGCAGUAGAAAAAUUAAAAGAAAUUCCUAUGGCGACAUAGUAUUAAGAAUAAGAGAGCCAACAACGCGACCAAUUGUUGACUGUGCGCGCGGGGCUUGCUGAUGCUGCUGACUCAACUAAUAAACGAACAACAAAAGCAGACUGGCAUAACGAAUACGUGAUAAAGAUAACGACUGCUGGGCACACAGGCUAGGGCUGGAGCUUACGGAUUUGUGUGGUUUGCAGGUGGCCAAGGAUCUAAUCAAAGAGCGCCGAACAAUCGAGGCUUGCAAAACGAACAAAUGCAUACGAACUAGAUUGCUGCGUUGCCCACAAAGCCCCACCACACCCACACACACACACACAGCCGAGCACACACAUAAACAGUUUUUACGCACACGCACACUGUGCCUAGACUCAGACUGCGCCACCUACUACACCCACACAAAGGUACAGGCACACACAAACAUAGACACAGACAGACAGACAAAAUGUCACACUUACCAACGCCGCUGUAUGGCUUCGCAAUAUUUUUUAUGAUUUUCUGGUUUGGCACUUGGUGCGUGCAUCUGAUCGCGCUUUGCUAUGGCAAAUAUAAACUGCACAAAAAGUCAUGCAAGCUGCCAACAGAGUCCUCACCACUGCCGGGUGUCUCCAUACUCAAGCCGCUAUUGGGUGUGGAUCCCAAUCUGCAACACAAUCUGGAAACAUUUUUCACCAUGGAUUAUCCACUUUACGAGCUGCUCUUUUGUGUCGAAGACAAACACGAUCCGGCAAUCAAGUUGGUUGAGCAGCUGCUGGACAAAUACCCGCAAAUAGACGCACAGCUUUUUGUGGGCGGCUCCAAUGUGGGCGUUAACCCCAAAAUAAACAACAUACAUCCUGGCUACAUGGCGGCGAAAUAUGACUUUGUCAUGAUCUCAGACAGUGGCAUUAAAAUGAAAAAUGACACGCUGCUGGACAUGGUGCAGAAUAUGUCGGAACGUCAUGCGCUAGUGCAUCAAAUGCCGUUUACCAGUGAUCGCGAUGGCUUUCCAGCUACAUUCGAGAAGAUUUUCUUUGGCACUGUGCAAUCGCGAAUUUACUUAUCAGCCGAUGCGCUGGGCAUUAAUUGCCAUACGGGCAUGUCUUGUUUGCUGCGCAAGGCAGUCAUCGAUCAGCUGGGCGGACUACGCAGCUUCGGCUGUUACCUGGCCGAGGAUUUCUUUAUAGCCAAGCGUGUCACAGAGCUGGGCUGGAAAAUGCGCAUCUCCAAUCAGCCGGCAUUGCAGAACAGCGGACUCUGCGACAUUGUAAGCUUUCAGGCGCGUCUCAUACGCUGGGCCAAGCUGCGCGUGGCAAUGGUGCCCACGACUAUACUACUGGAGCCGCUCUCGGAGUGCAUGGUGCUUGGCGCACUGGCCGCUUGGUCUGCUUCGUUGCUGUUUGCCUGGGAUACGCUAGUGUUUUUUCUGGUGCACACGCUCUGUUGGUUUCUAUCGGACUGGCUGCUGCUCUCCAUCGUGCAACAUGGCAGCAUACCGUUUCACAAAUUUGAGUUUGUUAUUGGCUGGCUUUUUCGCGAACUUACGAGUCCUUAUCUGUUUUUGCACGCGCUCUGGAAUCCUGCUAUACGCUGGCGUGCGCGCACUUUUAAACUCCACUGGGGUGGCGUUGCCUAUGAGCUGCCGCUGCCGCAUGCGGGUGACGAGGAUGCGCUAACAGCGCCGUUGCAGCCGGCGCCAACGUUAACAACAACAUCGCCAGCAACUGGCACGACGCUGAGUACGGGGAAGGGCUUGGGCGUGGGAACGGGGACGCUGCUAGCGACCAAACAACGACUGUUGAUCUCGUAGCAGCAUCAGCAGUUGCAGCUGUUGCCUAGAUUACGUUUUGUUAUGUGCGUAACAAGUCAAUAAACCGACUGCGUUACCGUU